CUGCGGGCGGAGCCUAGGAGCCGUGGUGGAGAGGCAGAGGAGCUGGCAGCUUUGGGGCCUUCAUCUCCGGCCGGCGCCUUGACUACCUCUGCCUGGCUUUAUUCAUGUUCUGAGGAGGGAGUGAGAAGGAGCCAUGGAUCCUGCAGCAUUGGUGGAAGCCAUCGUGGAAGAAGUGGCCUGUCCCAUCUGCAUGACCUUUCUGAGGGAGCCUGUGAGCAUCGACUGUGGUCACAGCUUCUGCCACGGCUGUCUCUCUGGACUCUGGGAGGUUCCAGGAGAAUCCCAGAACUGGGGUUACACCUGUCCCCUCUGCCGGGCUCCUGUCCAGCCAAGGAACCUGCGGCCUAAUUGGCAGCUGGCCAAUGUUGUAGAAAAAGUUCGUCUGCUGGGGCUGCAUCCAGGAAUGGGGCUGAAGGGUGAUGUGUGUGAGCUUCACAGGGAACAGCUAAAGAUGUUCUGCAAAGUGGAUGGCCUGAUGAUGUGUGAGGCCUGCAGCCAGUCCCCUGAGCAUGAGGACCACAGUGUUGUGCCUAUGGAGGAUGCCACCUGGGAGUAUAAGUGGAAACUCCACGAGGCUUUGGAGCAUCUGAAAAAAGAGCAAGAUGAGGCCUGGAAGCUGGAAGUUGGUGAGAGGAAGCAAACUGCCAGCUGGAAGAUCCAGGUAGAAACCCGAAAGCAGAGUAUCAUGUGGGAGUUUGAGAAAUAUCGGCGAUUAUUAAAGAAAAAACAGCCACCAGGUCGGCAACUGGAGGUAGAAGCAGCCGCAGCCCUCACCAGCCUAGAGCAAGAAGAGGGGGAGACCGUGCAAAAACUGGAGCAGAAUCGUAAUGAGCUCAUCCAGCAGAGUCGGGUGCUGUGGGGGAUGAUUGCAGAGCUGGAAGAGAGGUCUCAGAGGCCUGUCCGCUGGAUGCUGCAGGGUAUUCAGGAAGUCUUAAACAGGAGCAAGUCUUGGAGCCUACAGCGACCAGAACCAGUCUCCCUCGAGCUAAAGACAGAUUGCCGUGUGCCGGGGCUAAGAGAGGUUUUGAAGACAUACGCAGCUGAUGUGCGCCUGGAUCCAGACACUGCUUACUCCCGUCUCAUUGUGUCUGAGGACAGAAAAUGCGUGCACUAUGGAGAUACCAAGCAGAAACUGCCCGACAAUCCUGAGAGAUUCUACCGCUACAAUAUCGUCCUGGGCAGCCAGUGCAUCUCCUCAGGCCGGCACUACUGGGAGGUGGAAGUGGGAGACAGGUCAGAAUGGGGCCUGGGAGUGUGCAAGGAAAAUGUAGACCGGAAGGAGGUGGUCUAUUUAUCCCCCCACUAUGGAUUCUGGGUGAUAAGGCUGCGGAAGGGAAAUGAGUACCGAGCAGGCACUGAUGAAUACCCCCUCCUGUCCUUGCUGGUCCCUCCCCGCCGGGUAGGGAUCUUCCUGGAUUAUGAGGCCCAUGAUAUCUCUUUCUAUAAUGUGACUGACAACGGCUCCCACAUUUUCACUUUCCCCCACUAUCCCUUCCCUGGGCGUCUCCUGCCCUACUUUAGUCCUUGCUAUAGCAUUGGAGCUAACAACACGGCUCCUCUGACCAUCUGCUCCCUGGAUGAGGAGGACUGACUGAGCCACCAUCCUAGCCAGAGGCCUUGGAGUUUUGCCUGGCUCACAGGGGUCUUGGUGAACCUGGCCUCUGACACAGAUGCCCUUGAACUAAGCUGAGCCUAGGAUCCAGGGAGUCCUUUGCCUGGCUCAGUGGUCUGUUGCUACUUGGCCAAAGUCACUCAUCUGAAAAAGUUGAGGCUCAGUGAAAUGAGCAUGACACCCCCGUGAGGGAAGUAUGACAGGGCUGAGGGUGAGGAUCAGAGCAGUUGUAAGAUAACCUGUUGGUGUUAAGAUUCAGGACUUUGUCCUGUCUGUAGCUCAUGCUCUUCUUCCCUGGUCCUCAUUGGUGCCAUAAUUAAGUCAGUGAGGGUUAUGAAGUAGAUCCAGCCUUCAGGAAACCUUUUGUGUGGGGUUUACCAAAAAGCCAAAAGAUAAUUGUCCGUAUCCAGAGCCAUAUCCAGAGCUGGUUGCUGUGCUAAUACCAGUAGAGGAUGCUUUGCCUGAGGUUUGCUGGUACUGAGCAACCCAUGUUUGACCCCAGCUCUCUGACCUCCUAACUAGAGAAAUGCAUUGCGACACUGCCCAGGCCACGCCUCUCUGAGCACAAGCUGGGAAAAUCACUGUAUCUCAGACUCUAAGGAGAGGUAGGUCCUGGUCCUGCCCUGUUCUCUGACUCUCAGGAUCAGAAAACCUGUGAGCCUUGUUUUUACUUUCACUUUAUGGAUGGAGAAACUGAAAUGGCCUUAAUGCAGCAAGUAACUUCUCACAAAACUGUUGAAAGAAGAUUGUAAAGAUUAUAAAGUAUCUCUCACAUUCGAAUGAAACGAGAUUGACAAACUCACUUCCGAGGUCACAUGCCUGCAUAUCAUUCAUUACAUCUGGAUCUGAAACAUCCCACAUGUCUGAAAGAUUGUAAGUGUCCUCAAUGGGAAAAUGGAUAUAGUAAUUGCAUACUCUCCUACCUCACAGGAUUGUUGUGACGAUCUCCAAUCCAUCCUAUACUUUUGUUCCUUUCUCGGGGACAGAGGAAGGCAAGCCACAGAUUCCGCCUGUAGUAGCCUUCCUGCCUCACCUUCUUAACAGCCAGCAUCUUUACAGCAGUGUGUUUGUUCCUUAGAGCGUCUCCUGACAAUCUCAGCCCAUUAGACAGAAAGGUGCCCAUGCCAGUGCCAGACUCUGGGCCACAGUAAUAUGUUGUGCAUCUAUCAUGUGUUUGUAUUUGGAUUAUAAUGGGGACUGUGACAUCAGGGUACAGAAUGGAAAUAAUGAAAAGAAAAAUGCAAAACACAUACACUAGAAAGAAGGCUAAGCCACAAGCUAGUUGGGCUAAAGUUUGGAUCUUUUUCUGUCACCAGUGGAAUCUUCAUGGCUCUGGUAACUACAUAAUAUUAUGCCUUUCUCUUCUCUAAAUCUAUGACAGAAGGAGAAAAGUAGGAGGUAAGUGUGGGAUGAGGCACAAAAAGCCAGCUCUGGAGCCAUAAGUUAUAAUGAAAGGGAAUUGAAACUAUAUGUCUGGGCUGUUGACCUUAGCGUGAUGUGUGUGGCAAAAAUAGCUCAUUAUGGGGCUUAGGAAUAUGAUGUGGGAAUGCUUGUGCCUGGAAACCAACUGCAAGGCAAAUGUGUAGAAACUAUUGACCCUGCCUAUAGCAAGGGACCAUGAUGUGUACAUCACAUGUUGUUGCCAUGAUGCUGUAGAAGUCAAUGUCUGAUAUAGUUUAAGUUUGAAGGAAUUGACUGUUGAGUCAGGAUUGGGCAGCAAAGUAGACAGCAGGUCAGGUAUAGGCAGAAGUAAAGUAAUUCCUGUAAUAAAGAGUAGCAGAAAUUGUC